AUGGGGCAGAGGCACCAGGCUUUUGUGAUCGCUCGCGUCGUGCCUCAUGGCUCGGCUGAUGGGCAGGCGAAAUAUCGUUGCAUCGCGGCAUGGCACAAUCAGUGGUGUUAUGAACGCCUUCCACUGCGGGCGACUUCUCGGUUGAUUACUCUGCUCAAACAGAAAGACAAUGCAGAGAUCGUAGAAGCUGAAAUCCGUAGCAUUCACGGCAAAUACGGCCGCUUUGGAAAGGAACCAUGUAUUCCACAGGCGCCAUGUCCAUUCACAGCGGCUCUUCUAGCUCUGGCUUGGAACGCGGGCGACCUCGACACGAAGGAGCGGUACAUGGGCGGCAUGGCCUUCACUCAUUGUCUUCUAAAUGCUGGAAUGGGAUGCUGGGAUGGAGAUAAUAAUGACGGGAUUUCUAUCAUCGAUGUUACGGAUCCUGGGCGUCCUGCGUACUGCUUCAUGAUGGACGAUCGCCUGCUUUCCGCGAGCGGUUAUCUUCAUCUGUACCGUGGCGACCCGGUCUUCAACCGCAGGUAUAUAGACGCGCUGAAUGGCGUCGAAAUGAUCAGUGUCGAGAUGUUGGCGGAAGCAUGGCCGAAGGUGUUCAGAUACGAUGGUUUGACCGAGGGUCAUCCGUUACAAGCAGAUACCGGGGAUAGCUCGUCCACGGUCGCGCCCUUGACAGACAUUGCGCUGAAACCUGCGCUGAUGCGCUUCAUCGAGCUAGAAGACGUCGAUGCCCUCGACCAAUUUCUCUGGUUGCCGGGAAAGGCAGAUCAGAUGAAGUCAUUGAUACGCGAACUCAAGCCUAUUCCGGCCACUGCUGCUUUGCUGCUGAGAAAGCUUUACGGCAACGACAUCCCAUCGCUUGAUCUGACUGAUUUUGACCUCACGCAAGAAGUGCUACUGCAGCUUGUCUCGAACUUAGGAAAGCUGACAGCGCUCAAUCUCUCCUUCAAUACCCGGAUCACCGCCGAUACCGUGCAUUUGGUCUUGACCACAGUCCCGAGCCUCAGGCGGCUUGUCUUGAUGGGCUGUACAUCCGUGACAGAGAAGGAAUUGUAUCAGCUGCUGCAAACAUACCCUCGGAUCUUCUACAAUCUGGAAGCACUGAUGCAUCCUACGUUGCUAAAGGCCAUCGCACUGCCCGCAUUCCCUGCAUCAUUCACUUACAUUGCCUCUAACUCCGCGCGGUGGGCGGAGAUAUGUGGGUGUUCCCUCCCGGUUUUCACACCCGAGAGCAUCGUAAGGUCCUUGACAGACGCCAUAUGUGCGCUUGCCAACCAAGACACCAUGUACACCGAUUAUUCUAAUGCGGUCGCAGCGGUUUGCGGGGUGCGCGAGCGCGAGAAGGCCUGGAAUGAGCGCAGCGUUGUAACAGUGCCAGUAUUGUCGACGCAAUUCCUGACGAAGGACUAUUCAGGAUGGGCCCUAUUGUCCUUAUUUAAUAAGGGGUAUACAGGCAGUAAUGGAUCUCUCAACGAUGGGUAUGCAUUUGUCCGCGCUAAGAAAAGCUUUCAUCAAGAUUGCGCAGAGGAAACCGAAUCGCGCGCAGAAGACAUGGAUGAAGAUAAAGUCGAUCGUUUGUUCGACAUAUUCGACGUCCGCGGGUUCGCGCACGCCACUGCAGAGGAAGGGCGUCCGUCACUGUCCGAGACCGCGAUCGAGCAGCUGGAACUCUAUUUGUGCAGAAGCGAAGACACGGCGGCCAACUUGGGGCGCCUUGCAUCAAAGCUGAAGAAGCAGCCUGAGCUGAUGAUGCAAUUGAUGUCGAAGAAGCAGGUAGCCGAGUUGUUGCGUCGGGUCGCAGAAGCACGGCAGCGUCUGGACGAACUAUACUAG